AUGUUUCGCAAUAGCAUAUUUAUCCAUCUUUUAUCAGCACAGAUAGAUUGUAACUCUGCAUCACUCACUGGGUCAACUGUUGUGAUAUCUGAUGAUGCCGAUUUUACAAAUCAACAAACGAUCGCACUCAUUGUUGAGAAUAAAGCUACAACACUCAAACUGUCAGGCGCAUUGACAGAGAUGCCUAAGUUUCGAGGAUACUUGUUUGUCAAGAAUGUUGUUAUUGAAGCAACAGGAAUCACCGAGAUUCCAGAGAAGUGCUUUUAUCAGAAUUCACACAUCGAAACAGUCACAUUGCAUAAUGGGAUAAACAGAAUCAGAAACUAUGCAUUCACAUAUAGUUCUGUUCAAAGCAUCAACUUAGAGAACGUCGACUUUAUUGGACACUACGCAUUCCAGAAGUGUCCAAAUCUCAAAACAGUCAACCUUGAGAAGGUCAGUGUCAUCGGUGUUGGUCCUUUCUAUCAAAGUGGAAUCGAAACUUUAACGAUUUCAGUUGGAUCAUACUUGACUAUCCAACGAGGAAGUUUCCAGAACUGUUACUUCUUAACGACUGUUUCUUUCUAUAAAUCUGGUCCUGACUCUGACGUUCCAACAACUCUCACUCUCUUAGACUACGCUUUCAUGAAUUGUCAUAUGUUGAAAACUGUGACAUCAAGCAGACUUUUACUCAACGUUUAUGAUUACGCAUUUGCAAACACAGGUUUAGAAACUUUUCCUUUCGAAUCUUUAAGUUCGGUUGGCAGUUAUGCGUUUCUGAACACUAAGCUUACUACUGUAGCACCUUCUUCUGCAACAACUUCAUUUGCGGGUUCGAGAAUGACAUUCAUGUUUAAUUACUACAUUCAGACAGUUGAUCUGACGAAUGUUGAUGGAAACUACGACCAUUCAUAUGGUAUCUUCUACAGGUGCAGUGCACUGACGACAGUUAAACUUCCUGCUUCUAUGACAGUUUUACCAGACUCAAUGUUCAAAGAUUGCCAAGCUCUGACAACAGUAACAGCACCUGGUCUGACAUAUAUUACGACCGAUGGCUUCAUGAGCUGCAUCUCCUUGACAACUUUAGAUCUUGGAUCUUCUAAAUUGACAAAGAUCGGAUAUCGUGGUAUCCACAAUUGUCCGAAACUCAACAUCCCUGUACAGAACUGUCACCUCGACGAACGUGCUCUUUACAAGAACGAAGUUAUUGAAAGAAUCUCAGUCACAUACAUAAGUUACUGGUCAUGUCUCAACAUGUCUGCUCUGAAGACUGUACAAAUUAACUCUAACUAG